AUGUUCUGCUGUUUACCCACAGGAAUUCCCGAGCACCCUAACGCUUACUGUGAUAAGUUAUUCAACAUCAUAAAGAUAUUAGGCAUAAUGCAAAUUUGCUUACUCCUUAUAUUGAUUGAACGAAAUUUUUUAUAUAUUGCAAUAUAUGUAAUAAAUAAAUAAAAAUAAAAAAUAAUAUAUCGUAUUUUAUAUUUAUAAUUUUUUUCAAAGAUUGAAUGAUACUGAUAGCUUAAUAAAUGAUGGGAGUAGUUAGGGAUUCUCAAUAUUUUCGUAGAUAUUUGGUCUGGAAUAAUCAUGCUUAUGGGAGCUUUAUUACUAUUUAUGAUUGUAUGGACUAUGAACUGGUGUUAUCAAGCAUGAAGCUGCUCCCCAACUCCCCGCUCCCACACCCCUCAAUGCCAAAAUACCUAUAUUUAUAAUACAAGAUAUAAGAGAUAUUGCAGUAUUUUCGCAAAUAUACUAUUACAGUGCUAUUUAUAGAAUGUUUACAUAUAUAUUAAAUACUUUAUUUCAUUCUCUAGUAUUUAUAAAAUUUUUUAUUGCUAGCAAGCUUGGCUCAUAUUUUUGUAUUAAAUUUAAAUGAGAUAUAUCGCUUCUUAUAUAUAAAAUAAGCUAUCUAACUCCUCCCUCUCUCCGUGAGCGAACAAAACCAUUAGAAAAAUCCCUAUUUUUUGCCCAAAAACCCACCCUCCGUGAGUGAACAAAAAUUUUUUUUAAUAGAAAAAUUUUUUAUGAAAAAAAUUUUUGAUAUAUAAAUGAUAAUUAGUAUAAUGAAAUCUCGAACUAAUUCUGUUUAAUUUUAAACAAAUUGCUUUUUAAAACAUAAAUUUUAUAAAUUAAAUUAAUAUUUGCUUCCCAAUUUUUGCGAAUUAGGAUUUUUUUAAAUUUCUAAAAAAAAAUAUUUUCUAUAAAAUUUAUAUAUAAAAAAACAAUUAACCCUCCGUGAGUGAACAAAAUUUUUUUUUCACUCACGGAGGGGGGAGUAAGCAGCUUAAAUUUGUUAAAGCGCAUUAAUUUAGCGCUAUCGAUGCUAGAUUAUGCAUAUGUCUAUGAUGGAUAAUUAUAAUUGAAUUGAUUUAUUUUUACCUAUCAAUUUUAAGAAAAUUCAUGCAUCAAAUGUGAGAUAAAGCGUAUUUCUCUAUUAAAUUCUUAUUUUUAGUCUAAAAAGGUUUGUAUUUACUAGAGAUAUGAUAUAAUUAUUUAAUAUAUAUGUGUAAGCAUACUAUAAAUCGCGUUAUAUAGGUUUAAGAACGAAAAUAAUGCAAUAUCUAUUAAAUCUUGCACUAUAAAGACUAGGUAUUUUGGCAUUGAGGGCUGGGUUUCAUGCUUGAUCACUGAUGUACUUGUAUAUUCUAUAUCGUUUUAUGCAUAAUGGAUUUAAUUACAAGCGUUAUGUUUACAGGCGAUUAUUUGGCUGAUGAAAAAGAGGUUGAUGAUACUUAUGGGGUUUUAGUUAUUAUUAUGCUGAUUAAGGUGCCUUUUUAUAUUGUCUCUAUUUAUUAUGCAUUUUUGGCUUAUAGAGAACUUAAAGGUUUAUUUAUAGAAGCAAUUGAAAGAGGACCAAUGGUGCCACCUGGUUAUGGUUAUGGAUAUGGAGCAGCUUAUGGAGCAGGAUCAUCAAACCCUCCGCCACCGCCACCUGAGCAGCCACGACAACAGCCUUUUACAGGGCCAGGAUAUAGACUUGGUUAA